AUGGGCGAUACCUCAUUGAUCGAGAAGGUGGCCGAUGUGUCUCUGGUUGCUUACUGCGUAUCUCCAGGCGAGCAAUUUCUAGUAUCAUUAGAAAUCUCAACUAUUCGGCCAGCGAAGACAUUUGUGAGAGUUAAAAAACUGAAUGAAGAGCGGACACCCACAAGAUAUGAGCUUGGAAUUCAGCUUUCAUCUUCUACAAUCGAAAAGAACUCAUUCCAGCUUCAAUUGGUGCAGGCGAGCACUGUAGUCAAAGGCAAAGCAGAACUACAUCAUUACAUUAUCGUAAACACUGGCGAUGCAAUUCAUUUGGUAUCGCUGGAAACACUCUUUUCAGCCAGCCGACGAAAAACAUUUAAGUGGGCUCAUUAUUUAACAAGAGAUACCAUUACCUCUUUCUUUGCAUUUAACGUCCAAGGAUCAGCCUUGCAAGUAGUUUACGGAACGACGCUCGGUACUCUGGUUAUAUUUGAGUUCAACAUCUUGACAGAGUCGUUUCGCAAAAUCGAGGAAAAAACAAACGCGGCAGCCGAUUCUUUUGCAACUUGUGAACCUUGUCUCCCGAGCGGCCUGGAUCCAGAAGCCAUAUAUAUACCUGAGCUAAUCUUCGCGAGCUAUGAUAACUAUCUGUACUCGCUUGAAAAGGGAAUAAUGCAAAAGCUGCCGCUAAUCGAGUCAGCACUAGGGGGUGAUACCCUCGUAUCAGGGGCGGGUGUCGUCGCUAAGCAAUAUACUACUAAGAGCUUGCGCUAUUACGCGGUCAAUAUACUUAAUAGUGGAUGCCACUUAUUUAAGAGAGGUGCUAACGGUAAUUGGGAAAGCGUGCGUAUUUUUGUACGCAACGAAAGACAAGAGAAUGAGGAGAAAUCACCUCUCGUCAACUGCCAAGUAGUUAGUCGAGGUCGCACACAAGUGUGCAUUAUCACGGGGAGCGAGCAUGGAAAGAUUUAUUUCUGGCAAUAUGACUAUCGCGAUGACACCAUCACUCAGACCAUUGUAUUAGAGGUGGCACACGAAGUCGACGUUGUUCACAGCCUAAAAAUAGCCAACGGCAAGACGAUAUACUACAUGGUCAACAGAGACUUUGUCGGGUCCCAAAAUUUGCCCUAA